ACUCAGUCUGACCGUUAUGAUCACGCAUUUUCAGCUGCCUACAAUGCCAUAGAUGGAAACCGUAACAACAACUACUACUAUGGAUCAUGCACUUCCACGGGUGGAAAGUCUUUCCACACCUGGUGGAGAGUGGACCUGCUGGACUCCUACAUCAUCACCUCCAUCACCAUCUAUAACAGAGUAGACAGAGAUCAGGAAAGGAUCAACGGGCUGGAGAUCCACAUCGGCGACUCUUUGGACAACAAUGGCUUGAAUAACCCAUUGGUUGGUCAAAUUGGUGACCUUGAUGGCAACCCAAUCUUCACCCAGACCUUCACUCCUCCUGUGAAGGGACGUUAUGUGAUUUUGCUUCUACCUGGUUUUUAUAAGUACCUCACACUCUGUGAAGUGGAAGUCUACGGGUACCGUGCCGAAACUGGUGAGAACUUGA